AUCACCGUAAUUUCGGCCGAAAGGUAACCACCAAAACGAUAAUAGCAUUCAACGAGAAGGAGAAGAAGAGUUAGUACCUGAGAUGUCGCCGGCGGCAGGCGUUGAGUCACAAUCCAACCGAGUCCCGAUGAUGAUUCCGGCGACGGUUCAACAAGCUCCUGCGAUGAUGUCCGAGUCGUUUGCCAAGGACGCGAUUAUCGCGUGGUUCCGGGGAGAGUUUGCGGCGGCGAACGCCAUCAUCGACGCGUUGUGCAGUCACCUGAAACAGCUUGAGGGCGGCGGAGGAUCGGAGUACGAUUCGGCGUUCACUGCGAUCCACCGGCGGCGACUGAAUUGGAUCCCGAUUAUACAGAUGCAGAAGUUCUACUCCAUCGCCGAUGUCGCGAUCGAGCUUCGACGAGUGGCUGAGAAGAAAGUGAAAAACAGAGAGGAAGGCGAGGAUGUGAAGAAGAAGAAUAACGAAGAGGAGAAGAGUCGAGGAGUUUCUGAAGUGGAAUCGACGGAGAGCAAUGAAAAUGGCGGUGGUGAGGUGGUGGAUGAAGAUUCGAUGAGACAUGAUUCACCGGAGAGUGAGAUUACUGAUACAGUAUGAUGCUGUUGGAUGGGCACCAAAGGAGUAUAAUCCAGACAAUAAGCAGCCCUCUGGUGGGCAGGAGCCAAGUGGUGGAGAGGUUGCACGUCUAAGGAUGCUUAUUCAUUACAAUCUGGCUUUGUUUGGGAUGAAGCAUCUGGCUAUUAUUAUGAUGCUUCUUCUGAAUUCUAUUAUGAUGGAAAUACAGGAUUAUAUUAUGAUGGUAACAAUAGGGUUUGGUAUUCUUAUGAUCACCAAACUCAGCAGUAUGUCCCCUACUCUGAUCAGAGUGACAAUAAAACAGCUGGAAAACAAAAUACUUACACGGAAACCGAACUUGAUGAAGUGCGAGUUGAAUGGAUUAAUUUCGUACUAAAGAAUAUGAGUUGAAAUCCAAUUAGAUGACGAGUCAGUGUGAUGAGAAAAUGUUCGAUUUUGUCUUUUGUAAGACAAGAACAAUCUCUACAAAAAAUAUUAAGUUUAUUCAUAUGCUUCUAGUGGUUUCUGAAUUAAUUUGUGUUUUUUAUUUUUCAAGUCAGAAAUUUCUUGGAGAAAUGCAAAAUAUGGUCAAAGAAUUCAACAAUUUCAUUUUUUC